CCAGUUAAAAAGGUCGGAGCGGGCCUGGGGCCCCCAUCUCUCGGGUGGAGUCUUCUGACAGCUGGUGGAGCAGGUCGCAGGAAUCUCUUCACUUCAGUCAUGGCCUGUGGUCUGGUCGCCAGCAACCUGAAUCUCAAACCUGGGGAAAGUCUCAAAGUUCGGGGAGAGGUGGCCCCGGACGCCAAGAGCUUUGUGCUGAACCUGGGGAAAGACAGCAACAACCUGUGCCUACACUUCAACCCCCGCUUCAAUGCCCAUGGAGAUGCCAACACCAUUGUGUGUAACAGCAAGGACGAUGGGACCUGGGGAACCGAACAUCGAGAGCCUGCCUUCCCCUUCCAGCCCGGGAGCAUCACGGAGGUGUGCAUCACCUUUGACCAGGCUGACCUGACCAUCAAACUACCAGACGGACAUGAGUUCAAGUUCCCCAACCGUCUCAACAUGGAGGCCAUCAGCUACAUGGCCGCAGAUGGCGACUUCAAGAUUAAGUGCGUGUCCUUUGAGUGAAGCCAGCCAGCCCGUAGCCCUCAAUAAAGGCAGCUGCCUCUGCUCCCUGUAACCCAG